UGACGGUUUCCUGCGAGCAACACGUGGAGUAUGGAUAAUGCUCCAAUGAACAGCUAGCCUAUAUUUUCUUUUCGUUUCAAUUCAAAUUAUUUUCAUGAAAACUGCAUGAAGUGAGGACAUAACUGACUGACCUAUCAUUUCAUUCCUUGUACAGUGAGGGACAGCGUGGGGAUGGAGUAUCUACCCGACCGUAACUCCAGGUAUAAAGACGUGGACUACUGGGAUGAGCGGUACAAGACAGAGAAGUCUUUUGAAUGGUUCGGGGACUUCUCCAAGUUCCAGCAUCUACUUCAGCGUCAUGUCAUGAAGGACGACGCCAUCCUUGUGCUUGGUUGUGGUAAUAGCUCUAUGAGCAGUGACAUGUACGAUGCUGGCUACCACUCCAUCACCAACAUAGACUACUCCUCUGUGUGCAUCGACACCAUGAGUGCCAGGCAUGAUGCCACAUGCCCGGGCAUGACCUGGCACCAGAUGGACGCGCGCCAGCUCUCCUUCACGGACGCCUCAUACGACGUGGUCCUGGAGAAGGGCACCCUGGACGCCAUGCUGGUGGAAGAGAAGGACCCCUGGAAGGUGUCCUCGGAGACUGCCUGUCUCAUUGACCAGGUACUCAGGGAGAUCAGUCGUGUUUUAAAACCGGGAGGUCGUUUCCUGUCUGUAACCUUCGCCCAGCCUCACUUCAGGAAGCGCCUCUAUGCUCGCCAUGACUACUGCUGGUCUGUACGUACCCGUAGCUACGGAGACGGCUUCCAAUACUUCCUGUAUGUGCUGACCAAAGGGGAGGAGCUUAGUCCAGAGGAUGCCGCUCUGGAGAGAAGGUUAUUGGAGGAGGCCCAAGAUCCGCCCAAUGAGGUCAGGACCCAGGAAGCAGACACUGAAGCCUUCCUGUAUUGUAUUGACCUAUAGGAGACAGAAUCUCAAUGGACUCUACAACAGGCUACAUGUGACUUAUCGCUCAAUGUUUGCCAUUAUGCCUUCAAAGACUGUUUUUAUCUACUGUGGCUUUUGAACCUGUUGUUAUAUUGUGAUAGGUUUUUAUGAUUAUGUAACGUAUGCGUUUUUUAAUGAAGUGAAAACAUCUUUGAUUAAAAGGACUUAAAGGCCAGUCAUUUCUGUAUCAGUGGUGUUCCGUCAAAUCGUCAUUAUAUUGUUUACCUAAUCAUCCAUCAUUGGAGGUUUUGUGAGACCCCACAGUACAAGCUUCUCCGGACAGCCUGUAUAAAACUAAAUGAACAUGACUGUCACGCCCUGACCGUAGAGAGCUUUUUAUGUCUCAAUUUUGGUUUGGUCAGGGUGCGAUUUGGGUGGGCAUUCUAUGUUCAUUUUCUAUGUUUUGUAUUUCUGUGUGUUUGGCCGGGUGUGGUUCUCAAUCAGAGACAGCUGUCUAUCGUUGUCUCUGAUUGAGAACCAUACUUAGGUAGCCUCAUCCCACCUGUGUUCUGUGGGUAGUUAGUUUCUGAUUCGUGUUUGUUUCACUUGCAGGACUGUUUCGGUUAUUCUCUUGUUUAUUUUUGUUCUAGUGUUCAGUUUUAUUAAAACAAGCAUGAACACUUACCACGCUGCGCUUCGGUCCGAUGAUUCCUCCUCUUCAGACGACGAAUACCGUUACAAUGACACGAGCAUCCUCCUGGUAUUUGUAAAAGAAAAAUGAGAUCAGAUGAAGCUGUUGGUUUCUGCUGUAGCUGAAAUAUAAAGCACAGAGCCAUGGAGACGGGAGCGACGGCUCCCUUGAUGAAGUAGAAAUCAUUUAUUUUUAAUUCUCUGCUGAAAUGUAAUUACUGUCUAUUUUUAAGACUUAAAAAAAAAUAAGGUUUCUGAUGUCUCAGCAGACAGGCGUCUCUCUUUCUGCUGAGGUUGCUGCUGAGAUUUGCAAAUAUUUGGUUAAAAUAAUUGUUUAUGGGAAUAGAAUUCAAUGCAAUAAAUAUGAACUGCCAUUUU